AUUGUUAAUAAAUAGAGGUUAUGUAGGAUGUUACUGUGUGCGGCUCUUUCACUGGUAAAAGACCCCGGAAACCCACAAAAGAUUAAGCCCUGAGUCCACAGGGAAUGGGUGUUUACCCCUCUGUGGGCUCUAGGCUCUACUCCUCUGGGUUCCGGGUAAAGUUCGGUGCCUUUCACCUGAAGCCCUAGGAACUGGGAAAGAUGGUGGUGGUGCCUAAAUGAACCGGAUUACGCCUUGAGCCCUAGGAACUAGGUAGAGGUGGGUGCCCCUAGAGUGUGCAAGUGACAGAGAAUUUUGAGCGGGUAACAACCUAACAAGCCUGUGAUGGUUGUGGCAAUUGCCUGCCUGUCCUCAGAAGAUCUUACUGAAUUAAAUUUUAAGUAUCUUUGGGGUCCAUUGUAUUAAAUGCAGUGUUUGUAUUUUUGUGGGCCAGGAUUGCCUGUGUCCAGGAAAUGUGAUGUGAGCCUGGCAAUUCAAAGGACUAUGUUGAAAAGGUGCCAGACAAGAAUGGCGCUUUGAGACACUGUACGAAGUUGUUAUUUCCUGGGGAAUCCCAAGGGAGAAGUUGGGGAUCAAAAGGGUGUGAGCUGUAUAAGGGAACAAGCUGAUCUUCCCACUCUGGGUUUUGGUUCUGGUUCUGAAUCUGAAGCCAUCAUUAACUUGUAAUCAUGGGGAACACCCACCAGUGGGUUUUGAAGGAACCUGAGGCUGGAGCUGGGAUGACCUCUGGCUAGCUUUCUAGCAUGCAGGCUUGAUCUGCUCAGUCAGAGCCUGCCCGCUCCUGGGAGCGCUCUGCAAGGAGCAGCAGCUGGAUCCCUUGUGACUCAUUGAGGGCUGUUCCCCAGGAAAGGUACAAAAGUAGCAUCUGGGCGGAGGACGCUGAGGCAAGUGGAGCCUGUUUCUCGCAGGGUUUGGCUCUGCCCUUCCUAUCUCAGGCAGGGAGGGGGUAACAGCUGGCAUGGGGUGGGAGUGUUAACCUGCAGCUGGAGCCCUUGACUGAGGCGAUCCCAAAAGUUUGGGCAGUUCAUGUGAACUCUGAUCCUGACUGGAAUUUUGCCAUAGGCUCCUGUCUCUGUAACGGGUAGAACCAGAAUCCCGAGGCCCCUGAACGCUGUGAUUUGAGUCUCUCGUCUGGCCAGCUAAUGAGUUUAACGCGCCUGCGGUGUUGCCGAGUGCCCCCAUCCUCUGGAAGCUUUGUGCUCUUUAUAAACAGGGCCAGUGUUUACUAUCCGCUGGAGCCUUUUUAGCGUGCCCUGCUGUGCUGCUAAAUCCGGCCGGCUGCUGGGCGCCUCGAGUCGGGUGCUGCUAAAUCCGUCCAGCUGCUGGGCGCCUAGUCUGGGACCUCCUUGAUGGUGCUAUUCCCGGUGACCCAGCCUGCUCCUGGGUGGGGUGAAGUUGUUGUGUAUUGCUGACAUUCCCAGGCAGCGCCCGCAGUCCUGCCAGCAUGUGUCCAGGAGGGAGCUGCUUCAGGAACCGGAGCGCCUGCCCGAAGAGCAGUGGGAAAUGCUGUCUUCACCAGUAGCGCAGCUGCAGUGACGGAGCCCAGGGUGAGCGCUUCCCCAGUGGAUCGCAAGGUGGGCUCUGGGCAGGGAGUGAGGGUAUUCAUGGAUAAUUUGCUUCUCUGGGAUACUCAUCACUCAGUACAAGGUGCGCAGAUAUUAACUGUUAAUGAAUUUACCCUUGUGUCCCUGGGAGGUAGGGCAGGGUCAUUAUCCCCAUUUCACAGAUGGGAAAACUGAGGCAUGGACAAGCCGGGACUUCCCUAGGCUCACACAGGCACCUGGCAGAGCUUGCAAUGGAAACUAACCUGAAAAGAUUCAGAGUGUACCUGUCCGUCCCUGUAAAGGGCAAGUACAACCUGUGGACACUGCACCCCGGCUCAGACGGAGAUGGAGCACUGCAUGCUGAGAGCUGUAGUCUCCAUAGGCUGUCUCCCCUUAAUGAAGAUGAGGGCAGUUCCAGGGCAUGCUGACUUCAUGGGCCACCCCAGCCUAGCCUGGGAGCAGAUGGUGCUGCAGUGAGGUUAUUGCAGGGCGAGUCCUGCCACCCGGCCCUGGAGCUGGCUGCAGUGGUGACACCUCCCCCAGACCUCAGGAGUGAGGCUGGGUCCUGCUGGGCGUUGCCCGGACAGCUGCUGCGGAGCCUCUUCCUGACACCCGGUUACAGCCCAGAGCCAGCUGAUCACUGAUCCGAUGCUGGGACAAGCUAGUUUUCCUUUGGAUUAUCACUGGCCCAGCAGUGUGUCUUCUCCAGCCGCUCUAACGCGCCAGGCAUUGUGAGAAUCUCGUCACUUACGCGCUGGGCACCCAGCUGCAGUGAGCCAUGACCAGGGCCUGGGGAGCCGGUACAGGGACUGCACCCAGCCAGGUCUCUGGCUCCCCUCCUGAGAUGUGUUCUCCCAGCCCCACCCGCAGCCCACCUACCUUCCAUGGGUAGCGCCAGCCUGGCGGAGUUCCUGACGAGCACUCUCAAGAAUGGAUAGUCCACCCAAGCUGGCAGGAGAAACACUGAUUGUCCAUCACAUCCCCCUGGUUCAUUGCCAGGUCCCCGAUCGACAGUGCUGCAGUGGGAGCAAGAGGACCAAUCCCUUCUGUCAGCCAGACCUGGGCAUCACGCGGGCCGCCUCUCUGCCAGAGAGGGAGCUCUCGCAGACAGACUCCCUGGUAUAUGGCAGCUUGCUGCAGGCCUCGGAUGCGCCGGCAGAGGCUUCAGAAGACAAAGAGAGGAAACCACGAGACUCAGUCAUCUCCAGCAUCACGACACGGCACAAUCCCUUCCUCCUGGGUGACAGUGAGGGGCAUGGUCUCCUUGGCAACAGCACGGGCCAGAAGUCCUUCCACCUGCAUAGCUCCAUGGUGGCCGGCAAGCCGUCCUUCCAGCUGCAUGAGCUGCCACUGCCGCCCUUCCACCUCCACAAUGCCGGCCCCGUGGUGAAGCCCUGGAGCAUGGCUAGCAGGUCCGGUGUGGUGGAUGGGCAAGAGGACAAACUCACAAGUGCCGAUGUCCAGAAGAGGAACAACGUUGACUGCUGCCCGCUGGCCUCGGAGUGCAUGGAGCUGGAUGAGUGCAGCUGCCAGCGCAGGAGCUUCUCCUUCGAGGGCGGUGACCAGGACUGGAACAAUAGCUCUGACGAGUCAGGGAGGAACCCAGACGCCCUGCACAGCCGGACCUGCAGCUGUUCCAGCACGGAGCUCCAGCACUGCCGGUGCUAUAGCACAUCAAGCCAGUCUGAGACCGGGGACCAGCAAAUGGGGUACGUCAGCGACUCUUCUUGCAACAGCUCGGACGGGGUUCUGGUGAACUUCAGUGCCCUCUACAACAAAAUGAACGGCCAUUCUCGCUCCAACUUGAACUCUGCCAACUUGUCCUGUGACUCUUCCUUCUGCAGCCACUCGGACACCGGGGCCUUUUACCUGGAUCUGCAUUCGUCACCCACGGAAUCCAAGAUGUCUUGUGAAUCACACAACGCGGAGAGCUCGGAGAAAGUGUGUGGGUGCCACCACCCAUCUUCGCCCGUCUUCGAUGCCAACUGCAACUCCUACCACCUCCACUGCGAGCCGUGCGCUUCAGAGAGCUCAGACCUCACCGCUUGCUUCCAAAGCCAAGCCCGGCUCGUGGUGGCCACCCAGAAUUACUAUAAAUUAGUCACAUGUGACUUGUCUUCCCAGUCGUCACCUAGCCCUGCGGGCUCUUCCAUAACCAGCUGCUCUGAAGACCACACCAAGGGGAGCCCUGUCCAGCCCUCAGAGUACUACUUGUUUCAAAGACCCAGUGCUCAGCCACAGGAGAGCGAUGGGGAAUGCUUCAUGGUGGAGACCCAGGGCGAAGCUGUGAAAAACGUGAUUGAGGGGCAAGUGUACGUCAACGUAUCCCCGCCUAACCUAAACGCCGGCCGGCCUCGCUCCAGGAGCUAUGAUCGGAACCUGGACCGGAGUCCCACGACCCGGCUGGGCUCCCUGGAGCGCAUGAUGAGUUGUCCAGUCAAGCUGAGCGAGAGCCCAGCACUAGCAAUCCAGAGCUCGCCCCCGAAGCGGGUGACUUCCUUUGCCGAGCUGGCGAAAGGCAGGAAAAAGAACGGCUCCUCCCCUCCGCUCAGAACCAGUGGUGACUCCUCCUUGGAGUUCUCGCCCAUCCCCGAGUGCCAGCGGGACUGCCCAGGGCUUCUCGAGGACAGAGCUCGACGCUGCCAGAGCCUGCCGCCCAUGCCUUUUGGCCAUUGCCUGAACCGGAGCUGCGAGGGCUACCGUGUGGAGCACAGAUUCGGGGAUGGCCCGAGGGCAUGUUCCAGCAAAGACUCAGGUGCCAACGGCCAGGGGGCAGCCGAGCAGGCCUCUCUCUCUCUGCUGAUGGAGGCUGGUGCCAGCUUCUCAGGCAGCCCUGCCAGCGGGCAUGGACAACGAGAUGUUAGAGCCAGAGCGGAUGGCGGCGGCGCGGACAGCAAGGCCGUGGUGCGGUACAGCAAGGAGCAGCGCCCCACCACUCUGCCCAUCCAGCCCUUCGUCUUCCAGCACCACUUCAGCAAGCAGCCCAAGGCCCGGGCCCUGCACAGCCACUUCGCUGCCAGCCUGUCGCAGCUCUACAGCGCCUCCAGCAGCCGGCCCGCCAGCCAGCAGCCCUCCUCUGCCUCCCAGUCCUCCAUCUCCGCCACCUCGGCUGAGCAGCCCGGGGCUGCGGGGGGCCUGGCGCAUGGCGCGCUCCUGGCCCAGCGCUCGGCGGACGGAGCCGCCUCCCUCGCCGACGGCCAUGCCAAGAAGCCGGUCCCGGAGAGCACCCGGCCGUCCCCCCUGGGGAGCUACUCCCCGGUGCGCAGCACUGCCCCUUUCUUCCAGAGCCUGGACUCCUCCUGCACGCCCACCCCGGAGAGAGCCGGCGAGAGCCACCCUCCCCGCAGCAGGUCCUGCCCGCUCUCUGCCAACCUGCUUCCCAGCAGGGCCUCCCCCUCUGCAGGUGCUGCGCUGCCCGCCCAGGCUGAAGCCCUGCACCGCCAGGUCCCUAGGAAGGAGGCGCCGUUGGAGCAGAGGGCGCAGGUCUCUGAGUACCGGCUCCAUGGCGGCUCCCUCCCGCCUCUGGCAUCCGAGGGAGCGAGUGCAAGCCGAGCGGGGGGCCCUGUGGAGCCCCAGUGGAGAGGAAGCUGUGAGGCCGGAAAUUCGGGGUCUCUGAGCAGUGUGGGCACACGGCCCCUCAAUGCAAACCACCUCUCCCCUCAAGCACUGAAGUGGCGGGAGUACAGGCGGAGGAACCCCCUGGGCCUGGACCGCGGCUCGGGGCUGGCUGGGUUAGCAGGCAGCCUGGACAGGAGGCAGCAGGAGCCCCAGCUCGCCCGGAGGAACCCCAUCUUUGAGUUCCCUGGUUCCCUCAACACCGCCCAUGUUCACGGCAGGCUGAAUGGCCAGCCUGUGAAACAGCUCCAGCUGGGCUACUCCGACUUCUUCCCGGAGUAUUUGUCGCUGGCGGAGAAGCCGCCAGCCGAGUUCUGCCUCUCCCCAGAUGGCAACACGGAGUCCAUCUCCAUCGACCUGCUGCAGAAGAAAGCGCUGGUGAAGGCUGUCAACAUGGCCGUGGACCUGAUCGUGGCCCACUUCGGAACGAGCCGGGACCCAGGGGUGAAGGCCAAGCUCGGGAACAGCUCAGUGAGCCCCAACGUGGGGCACCUCAUCCUGAAAUACCUGUGCCCGGCCAUCCGGGAUAUCCUGAGCGACGGGCUCAAGGCCUACGUCCUGGACGUGAUCAUCGGCCAGCGGAAGAACACGCCCUGGAGCGUGGUGGAGGCGUCCACCCAGCUAGGCCCCUCCACCAGGGCUCUGCAUGGCCUCCACAGUAGGAUCAGCCAGUUCGCCGAGCUGACCAGCCACAGCAUGAGGUUCAACGCCUUCAUCUUUGGCCUUCUCAAUGUCCGGUCUCUGGAGUUCUGGUUCAAUCACCUGUAUAACCACGAAGACAUCAUCCUGGUGCACUACCAGCCGGUGGGCUUCCUGUGCCUGUCCCACAGCGUGUGCCAGCCCCUGUUCGAGGAGCUGCUGCUCCUGCUCCAGCCUCUGUCCCUGCUGCCCUUCAGCCUGGACCUGCUCUUUGAGCACCACCUGCUGCAGAUGGGCAAGGAGCAGCAGCAGCAGAAGGAGCUGCUGCGGGUCAAGCAGGACCUGCUGCUCUCCGUUCACUCCACCCUGCAGCUGAUGCGCACCCGGGGCAGUGCCGAGGAGCCGGACGGCUGGAGCGCCGCCCCGGAGCAGGGCCCGGGUGGUGUCGGGGAAGAGGGGCUGUCUGCAGGCCGGGGCCAGGAGGGAGCGGCGUGGGAACGGGUCAAGGGGGUGGGCGCAGACGGCGCCAGGGAGGAGGAGCAGAGGAAGGCGAAGGAGAGCGUCUGGGAGGGGAAAAGGGACAAGCAGGCCGGCUGGUGGUACCAGCUCAUGCAGAGCUCCCAGGUUUACAUCGAGGGCUCGGCCGAGGGCUCCAAGUUCAUCCGCCCCGAGAAGAAGAAGCAGAAGGCGCCAGGAGUUGCGCCCCGGCUGGCCGAGGGCAGGAAGGCGCCCCCUCCCCGCGAGGGCGUGGUGGAGGGGGCGGAGGCCUGUCUCCUCGCUGAGGUGGCUGUGGAGGAGAAGCCCAAAGCUGCGGCAGACCCUGGGGAGAAGCCCAACGAGCGGAGCUGGCCCUCCUGGAUGGGGAGCCCCCCGGACUCGGUGCUAACAGAGCUGAAGCGCAGCAAGGAGAAGGACAAUGGGGCUCCCCAGAGACAGGGGGUGGAGGAGAGCAGCCCGGGGCCCCCCAACAGCAGUCAGCCCGUCAAGUGGGGACACCUGUUCGGGGCUAGCAAAGUGCAGAAGGAGGCCAGGCAGCCCAACAGGUUACCCUCCGGCUGGCUGACCCUGGACAGGUCCGUGUUCCAGCUCAUGGCCCAGAUGGUGGGGGCAGGAAUGUGGAGAGAGGCGACCUCAGAGCCCGAGCAGCCGCAGGCGGAGCUGCCCAGCGAGCCCCCUGAACAGCAACUGGCUGGGGGGCUGCCCCCCCAAAUCCCCUGUGAGGUGAAAGCACUUUGCCAUCACAUCGCCACCGAGGCUGGGCAGCUGAGCUUUCCCAAGGGGGCUGUCCUGCGUGUGCUGGCCAAGGUGGACAGUGACUGGCUGCGGUGUGGCCUGGGCUCGCAGAGCGGGCUGGUGCCCGUCAUGUACGUCACCCACCCGGCGGACGAGGACUAUUGACGCGGCCGGGACGCCGCACACAGGACCACAGGCUGCUCCGUGGGCCGCCUGGCUCGGGGGACAGAUGCAGCUUCUCGCUAGUCCAUACUGUGCCCGCCCUGCCUGACGACCUCGCCCAACCCAUGCACCUGCCACGGCUGCUGCACCCCAGGGGACCUUGCGCCAGGCACCGCUGUGCAUGCCCCUACCCCAGGGCCUCCCGUCACCAUGCUCCAUCUCCAGCACCUGAUGCCAGGGCCUUGGACGUAGCAGGACUCCAGGCGACGUUGCUCUGCAGCGGGGGCUCCCCAGCCCAGUACCUGCUGGUCUGGGGGCUCCUGGACUGGGCAGGGGCUGGACGCAGGAGACUACAGCCCCCAGCAUGCACUGCUCUGGCUCGGUCAGAGCCAGCUGGCUGGCCGGGCCUCUGCUGCAGGCCACUCCCUUGUGGCGUCAGGCUGCAUUGCCAUGCUCAGGCGCCCUUUAGAGCAGUGGCGCUUGUCCUGGGCGGCUUGUGGCCCAGUCAGCACACGGCUGUGGCCCAUGUGACAGGCUCAGGGCCAUACAGGGGGGCUGUAUGGUGUGGGGGCACCCACAGGACACACAUGAGCUGCCCAUGAUGGACGCUUGGCCGUGAAGCCUGGCGUGCGUGCACCCCCGGGCGCACAUGGUGUGAAUGUCGCAGCAUGUAUUGUACCCAACCAGCGGCCUGGCACUGCCAUACCACGAGCCUCCUGCCGGCCGGGCACGGGUUGAGCGUCUGCGCCAGCAGCCAUUCAGUGUUAGAGGGGAUGAGCCCGCAGGGGGCUAGUUCCAGCCCUGUGCAGCCGCAGCGCUGUGGGGUGUAUGCGCCCCGCGCCCCCCCCCCCCCAAUCCGCUAUUCCAGCCAUGAAGGCACUGCCUGGGGAGGGGCAGUGGCAUAAGGCCA